CGCUUCACGCGGAGGCGACGCAGGUGUGCUCGCUCGACGAUGCCUGAAAAUGUCUCUUCAUCGCCUGGCUGAGAACGGCAGGAAGUAUCUUCAAUGUGCCAUCCGGCAUUGAAGCUUCGCGGAGGGAAAGAAUACCUUGAAUACCUUGAAUACCUCGAAUACCUGGAAUACCUCCUGCCUCGAACGAAAGGUAUAUGUCGAGGCACCUCAAGGACUUCUCUCCAUGCAGUACCAGUUCGGCAUAUGCUAAUGUCUUGUGCCACAACCCACCAUGUUUCCUUUCUUCUCUACGAGGAAGACCGCGGAAAAUCGGCACCACUCAAGGGACAGAGGGAGGAAAUUCAGUUCUGGCUUGAGGAAGACUAAAGCACACCUGGAUCCUGCGAGUCUGCCGCCUGUCUUGUCUCCCUCGCCCUUGGCAACCCUUCCCACCGAGAUUCAAGUGGUAAUCUUCAUACAUUGCAGUAUUUACGACCUUCUACCUCUUAAGCUAGUGUGUCGAAGUUUCAAUGAGAUUUUGACGUGCCAUGAAUCAUCUAUCGCUCGCCAGUAUUUACAGCUUCGCCGCCAUGGAACUCUUCCGUCAACAGUCAUUGGCGAGCGGAUUUACACAAGGAAUCCUGAAGACGAUGUGGUUCUUCUCUCGGAUUUGUUUCUACCUACGAAGAGUGCGAACGGUGGUUACCUGUAUACUUUUAGAUAUUUGCAUAGUUUGCGCCGGACACAGAAUACUUGCACCCAAUUGUCUCAUUACCUGGCAAAUCGUGUCAUGACCAAGUUCUUCACCGACAACCAGACUACAAUCAAGGCUAGUGUGCCCUCGAAGACGGAGCGUAAUCUCCUUUUUGAGCGUGGAAUUGCUCAUCUACGUUUCAACUUAGUGCCUUUAGCUAUUUGUGCACACUACUUUUUAGAAUCAUAUGCGUCUGCAAGGAAAGAACAGGUGAAUAGCUUGCUUCGUCAGUACGAAGCUGGAGAGCUGCCAGUGCCGAUGGACUGGGUUUCUCGUGUGAGGAUUCUUGAAGGAUUGCAGUCGAAGAUUCUCUGUUCCCCUCCAUUUACGGAUACAUCGACCCUUCUUGCCACUCACCAUUUCAUGUGUCUACUAGUAUUGUAUCUUAGACGCAGUGCAGAGUCUGAUCAAUUCGAUACGAAUGAUGGCUGGAUCGCCGGCCUUUUGGCUACGUCUGGAUUUGGUCGAAUUGUCGAAUUCUUUUCUGCCGAUAUUGGCGAUGGUCGCAACUCUCGAGCCGAGCGCAGAGAGUUCAUGGCCAACUUUGAUCGUGAUAUAAGUGCACGGGAGGAGAUAAAUUCUUUGGUUUAUGCGGAGGUACCUGGAGGCAUGCGACAUUUUUACUUCACAAACGAGGUCUGGUUUGGGACUGCUGAUAAAGAGAUGACAUCCCGGAACGUAAAACCUCAUGAUCCAGAGCGCUUCUCUAUAUGGAAUGAGAUCCCAGUGCUUAUUUGGUGUCGUGAGUGCAACGUGGUCCAAGGAUGGUUGGCGUAAACCUUUGCUUACAGUAAAGUGACAAAAAUUUGAAUAUAGCACUACAAAAGUGGAUUGUAUACAGGGCAUUCGGAGUGCUACCCAUAUCAAUAUUUUGUAUUAUCUACAGAGGCCCCCAAGAAGCCUAAAUUAAUCUAAAAUAAAUUGGU